CAACGUAAAGCAUUUUAACGUCAAAAUAGGUUUACUAAGUGACAGGCGCUAAUUAAACUGCAGAAUUGGUAUUAAAUAUAAUGAUUACUGAAACAUAUAGUAUUUCUUGCAGAAAAUGAACAGAUUACCUGAUUCAAGAAAACCUACGCAAGGUGAAGGAGUUGAGGUGACAAUAGGGAUUUCACCAAGACUCCAGCCAUUGCCACCAAGGAAAUCAACACGACUUCCACCGCUCAAAUCUCAGCGACUACCAGACAUAAACCCUAUUCAACCAUCUUAUAAAGUUUCAAUACUUGCCACAAGUGCAGAACCCGAACCUAAAAAGGAGAUCAGAGAAAAAGAUUUAUUCAGCCGCCGGAAAGGUGUAAAGUGUGAUAAUAAAGCCCCUGUUAUAACACACAGAAGAGAAACGAAUGAAAAAGUUGUUCCUGCUAUUGAUAAGCGACAUAAAUCCAAUGAUACAAAAGUUGGAAAGACAAAAGAUAAACUUCCCGAAACCAAAGUUAUAGUGGAGCACACUGACAGCAUCCACUUGGAAGAAAUCAAACGUAACAAUUCACGAGUAGACUCACAAUCUAAAUUAGUUCCCACCUGUCCUAAAAUCCAUCACGACAUUAACAAAGAAGUCACGUGGCAGAAAGAACGAGAUCUUCUUAGGAAACAUAGAAAACAGCAGGCGCAACGGAUGAACAUGAAUAGGCAACCAGUAAAGGCUGUUACAUCGUAUGAUAAAACUGGCAAUGAAACAAAGCGUCUAUGUCCAAAAGAAGAAAUGUCUGAUAGAAAUCAUCGAGCGAGCGAAAGACAGAAGAUAGAUCUGUCUGUCCGUCGCAAAUGUGAUGACGACGAAGACUGGGACUGGGAUAAAGAUAUUGAAGAGUUCCUGGAAAUUGAGGAAAAGCAGAAAACCCGUCAGCUAUCAACUUCCGGAAAGUGCACACCUGCAUCAAAUGGGGCAAAAAAUCAGCAAACGCCAGUUAUUAUGAAUUGCACAAAGAAAGGAUUGGGUUUUAAAUCAAAGAAAAGAAUAGAAGAGGAAAAGCAGCAAGAGUUAAUCAGAGUAGAAAUUGAGAGAAAGGAAAAAGAGCGAAUAGAAAUGAUGAUCCCACAGAAGAUAAGGAAAGAUUUAAAGAAGUAUGGUUUUCGAUAAAAUCAUUAUAAUUUUGAGAUAUUAAUAAUUAAUUUAUAUGAAUAUCAGUGAAAUGAUUUCACGACAAAAAAUAAAUUGAAACGUAACCAGUUUUUUGAAAAAUAAAUUUGCUGAAACGUAAUGCGAUUUUUGAAAAAAAUUGCGAUUGAACUUGACAGCGGAAGAAGCAUAGAAAAUAUUACUUUUGCAUUCAAUAACAAACAGAAUAUUGAAAUGUUAUUUAUUUACUGUUUCACUGUGGGACUUGUGCAUGAAUCUGGAGAUAUUUUACAUGGAAAGUGAAUCAUAUGUGUUUUAAGACAUUGGUGAGGUUUCUACAUGGAGAGAGAUAUAUUAUUUUCUUUUAAGCAAUUGGCGAGGGAAACCUGUCACCGUGAUGAUACUUCAUGACAGUAACGUUGGCAAUUCUGUUAAACUGACAAAUAUUCCUUUAAGAAAAAACGAUGAUGAAUAAAAGGUUAAUAUCACAUCUUCAAUAAAAUUCAUGCAAACAUGAGACGGAGAACAUCAGAAUUUAAAUAACAGAUCAAUUCUGAUUGAAGAAAACAAAUUUGGUGCAUGUAUAAUGUUUGCCAAAUAUGACGGCAGCGUCGGAGUAAUGGCCAAAACCGUUUUUGAACUUUAAUAUAUAGCGAGUUGAUAAAGCAUUGAAAUGUGUAAAUGAUAUUGUAAUGUUAAAUUGAAUAUUCAUUUACUCAAAUCAGGUAAUUUGAGUAUAUUGAACAAAAAUCAGAGAGUGAACAGUUUACUCAAGAUUAAAAAAAACUAAACUACCAUGCAUAUUCUCCAGUAUGAUUAAAACGCUAAUUUGUAUUUGUCGUAGUUUUCGGCCUUCUUGACUACUUUAGUCUAUAUAUUAGUAGUGCUUUGUAUUUUACAUGUUGACU